CACACGUGAGACACGUAAAUGGCGAACAGUGUGUUUGCCAGGAAACAGCUCCUUAAACAUGGUUGGACAGAAGGUUCCGGACUGGGCAAAGAUGAAUCUGGAAUCAAAGAAGCCAUUAAAGUGAAAAUUAAGAAUGACACAACAGGGGUUGGUCAUGACCCUGGGAAGGAGUUCACUUGCCACUGGUGGGAUCAUGUAUUUAACAAAGCUGCCAACAGCCUUACCGUGGAAACAACUGAAGCAGGUGUACUGUUCAAGAAAAGCUCAGAGAAAGUGAAAGAGAAAGCAAGGACACUGACCAACAAGAGUGUUUUGUAUUCUGGGUUUGUCAAGGGAGCUGUCUUACAAGCCACAGAUAAAGAAGUGAUGACAGAAGUCAGUUGCCACGAUGACAACAGUGACUCUGAGAGCGAUGAAGAAAAAGAGAAGAAAGCGAUAAGCAAACUCACAGAAGAGGAACUCUUUUCUCAGUGUGAAGGCAGAACUGCACACAAGGGAGCCCGUCAUGGACUGAAGCAAAAUGCGAAGCUUCUCAGAAUUCAACAUCAGGAACAGCUUCUGCUGGAACAGUUCAGAGCCAAUCAGAAAAAAGAUAACUUCUCAUCCAAUUGGGACGAUCGACACAAGGCAAAGGACAAUCACCACCAAGGAGUUCAGCGAUUGGAUGAGAAGGAAAUACCGUUGGCAGCCUGUUCUGAUGAUUGUCCUCAUGAAAUGCCUCGAAAGAAAAAGAAGUCCAAACGAAAACCGAGGGAUGUGGAUAUUACCACAGACACUGAUGUUGUUGUUGUUUUGAAAUUGGAUGAUUUGACUGAAGCGAAAACUGAAGAGGCAGAAGGAGAAGGCUUCGUGAACAGAAAGCGCAAAAAGUCAAAAAAGAAAAAAAGAAAGUCUGAUAUUGAGGAUGAAAAUGGUAGUGCAGUUAAAAGUAAAAAAAGUAAGAAGAACAGAAGUUGAUCUUUUGGGAUAUGUAGAUUUAAUUAAAAAAUAAAGUAUUCUAAUGAUUAUUAAUGUGGUCAGUUAAGAGUGGUCUGUCAGCAACCUGCGGAUGGUUGUGGGUUUCCCUUGGGCUCUGCCCGGUUUCCUCCCACCAUAAUGCUGGCCGCUGUCGUAUAAGUGGAAUAUUCUUGAGUAUGGGGUAAAACGCCAAUCAAAAUAAAAAUAAAUACAGGAAGUACAGGAAGCCUGUUCAGUCUCCAGCCAGUGUUAAACUGAACUCUGCCUUACUACAUGUAGAAGAUUUGACUGGUACUCUUUACAGCGCAUGCGCAGUUCACAGUGCUCGCGUUACAUAACUGCCAACACAAGACCAGCUUUACCUUUAGAGCCUGUGGGACGCACAAGGGCUUGUUUAGGCUUAAUCUCACCUUGGGUGUUCUCUUGAGGAACUGUUUAAUCAGCAUUCGGCAGUAAAAUUAUUUCAGGUGUUGGCUAGAAUCAUGUUGCGCAUACUUCAGAUAAAGAGGAGACAUGUACAUAACGUAUUAUUGAAAACAAAGGCUGAGAGAUUUUGUGUUUUCUGACAUGACUUUCUGCCUGAUCCCUGUGACCCCAGGUACCUACGGCCUUGUUCAAGAUUUGUGUACAAAAAUAUAAGGCGAACAUAGAGAGCCGCGCAUGCGAUGUACGGACAGUCUGUUUGACUGACUAAAAGAAGUAAUGGUGUGAAAAAUACUCAUUGGGUGGUCAUAUAAUAUAAAUGGAAUAUCGUUAUACAACCAUACAUUGUAACAUAAAUUUAUUGCAUCUGACAGGUUUGAGUCGACUCAACGCGGCCUAGCUAGAAUAUGGUGGUCGCCCAGUAAUGAUUUUAGGAUGUGUAUCAGUGUAAAUUAAUGACGGCAUGGCAAUUUAAAAUUGUAAACGAAUAUUUUCGGGAGUAUAGUUUUUGGGGGUAUGUUACAGGAGUAAUUUACAUGAAUUGUUCGGCCAUUUUUGGCGGUGUAUAGGGAAAGCAUCAAGCCUGUCUUUUGCAGAAAGUUUUGCAGAAACCUCGAACUA